AUGUAGUGGAUUUUGUCUGAUUCUAUAGAUCACGUUGCCUUAUUUUGGAUAUUAUGGUAACAAUACAGGAAGUAUGUGUACUUUUCAUUUCUGCAAGUAGUCAAGUGAUACUGCUGAAGAAAGAAAUUCUCAAGAAAGGAAACAAUUACACAGCUACCUUGGUACCUUUUAUGGAAAUUUGGAUUUUGUUUUUAAGUUUUGGUAACCAUUUUCUAAAAAGGAACAAGUAAAGAACUUAUCUCAUUAAGCAAAUAGACAUUAAUAAGAAUGCCUCGGAGAGGAUUGAUUCUUCAGACCCGAACCCAUUGGUUGCUGUUGGGUCUGGCUUUGCUCUGCAGUUUGGUAUUAUUUAUGUACCUUCUGGAAUGUGCCCCCCAGACUGAUGGAAAUGCAUCUCUUCCAGGUGUCAAUGGGGAGAAUUUUGGUAAAGAGUAUUAUCAAGCCCUCCUGCAGGAACAAGAAGAACAUUAUCAAACAAGGGCAACCAGUCUGAAACGCCAGAUUGCCCAGUUGAAACAGGAAUUACAGGAAAUGAGUGAGAGGAUGAGAUCAUUGCAAGAGAGAAAGAAUGGAGGAAUGAAUGGCUUAGGCUACCAAGGCAACAAAGAACAAACAUCUAGUGAUCUCUUAGAGUUUCUUCAUUCCCAAAUUGACAAAGCUGAGGUUAGCACAGGAGCCAAACUUCCAAGUGAAUAUGGGGUCAUUCCCUUUGAAAGUUUUACCUUAAUGAAAGUAUUUCAGUUGGAAAUGGGCCUCACUCGCCAUCCGGAGGAAAAGCCGGUUAGAAAAGACAAACGAGAUGAAUUGGUAGAGGUUAUUGAAGCUGGGUUGGAGGUCAUUAAUAAUCCUAAUGAAGAUGAUGAACAGGAAGAUGAGGAUAGUCCCCUUGAAGAGAAGCUGAUAUUUAAUGAAAAUGACUUCGUAGAAGGUUACUAUCGCACCGAGAGAGAGAAGGGCACACAGUAUGAACUCUUUUUUAAGAAAGCAGACCUGAUGGAAUAUAAACACGUGACCCUCUUCCGCCCUUUUGGACCUCUCAUGAAAGUAAAGACUGAGGUGAUCGACAUUACUAGAUCCAUUAUUAAUAUUAUUGUGCCACUUGCUGAAAGAACUGAGACAUUUGCACAGUUUAUGCAGAACUUCAGGGAUGUAUGUAUUCAACAAGACAAGAGGAUUCACCUCACAGUGGUAUAUUUUGGUAAAGAAGGACUGUCUGAAGUCAAGUCUAUCCUAGAAUCUGUCUCAAGUGAGUCUAAUUUUCAUAAUUACACCAUUAUCUCAUUGAAUGAAGAAUUUAAUCGUGGACGAGGACUAAAUGUGGGUGCCCGAGCUUGGGACAAGGGAGAGGUCUUGAUGUUUUUCUGUGAUGUUGAUAUAUAUUUCUCAGCCGAAUUCCUUAACAGCUGCCGGUUAAAUGCUGAACCAGGUAAGAAGGUGUUUUACCCAGUGGUGUUCAGUCUCUACAAUCCUGCUAUUGUUUAUGCCAAUCAGGAUGGGCCACCACCUGUGGAACAGCAACUGGUUCACAAAAAAGAUUCGGGCUUUUGGCGAGAUUUUGGCUUUGGAAUGACUUGUCAGUAUCAAUCAGAUUUCUUGACCAUUGGUGGAUUUGACCUGGAAGUCAAAGGCUGGGGUGGAGAAGAUGUUCAUCUUUAUAGAAAAUACUUACAUGGGGACCUCAUAGUGAUUCGAACUCCAGUUCCUGGCCUCUUUCACCUUUGGCAUGAGAAGCAUUGUGCCGAUGAACUGACACCAGAGCAGUACCGGAUGUGCAUUCAGUCCAAAGCCAUGAAUGAGGCUUCACAUUCUCACCUUGGGAUGCUGGUCUUCAGGGAGGAAAUUGAGACACACCUUCAGAAGCAGGCAUACCGGACAAACAGAGAAGCUGCUGGCUAAUGUGUUCAUUAAUGAUUACUCUCUGGACCACAAACCGGCACCAUUUAUUUAGCCUUAAUUCCAACUCCAGUACCUCUUUCAGGGAAGAGAAAGAUAUUUUUCAUAUUCUUUUUGACAUGUCUUCAGAUUCAAAAGAAUUGUAUUUCAAACCAUAAAGCCUCUGUUUUGUGAUGUUAGUACUUGACAAAUUGAAAACU